CAGUCAGGAUCACUAACAGGGGCCUCGACCUCUCUUCAGCCGUCAUCCCCUUUUCUCUCUUUUGCCGUCGUGAGAUUCUCUCAACCUUGUGAGGAGAAGCGUGUGCCGGACUGGGGGUCACAUCCACUGGGCAGGGGGGUCCAAGGCGGAACCCAAGUCGCUCCCGUCACCAACGGCCCCAGUCCUGUGUGCCGAUGGGUCUCUGCUGAGUUGACAAGGCCUGGGCGGCUGCGGCCUGGCGGGAUAGGAAGCACAGGAUGGCUCGCGUUGGUUCAUGUCGUAAGAUAUACCUACCUGCCAUGACCCGACUAGUCACUCCUUCGGUCUCUCUCCGAAAUUCUUUUCUUCUCAUCAGCCCAAAAGCCCCCCCUUCGACAUCAAGUCCGGAUAUCUGACCUGAGACAUCCAUCAACUCACCAUCAGAACAUCGAAAGUAUCUUCAUCAGCAUACGCCAAGUACAUCAAACAGGUCACACGUCUUGGGUCAGCACAAUCUCAGUCGACAGGGUCACGAAAAUCAGAAAACUCGAAAAGAAGAGGAGGACUCGACUUUGGUUCCAAAAGGGAGGAAUACGUGAAGACUCCGGUUCCUCAAACACUCGACUCGAUCUCAAACAUACGCAUAAAUAUACACCAUGCUCACAUCAACACUCCUCGCCCUCGCCAGCGCGGCGCUGGCUUCCGCCCACACUGUCAUCACAUACCCCGGGUGGAGAGGCAACAACCUAAAAGACAAUGAAGAGUUUCCCUACGGCAUGCAAUGGACAUAUCCUUGCGGCGGUCUCACCCUCACCCAGAACCGCACCUACUGGCCCACAACAGGCGGCGCCAUCUCUUUCCAACCAGGCUGGUUUCAAGGCCACGCGACAGCCUUUAUCUACGUCAACCUCGGCAUCGGCAACGACGGUCCCGAUGGCGGGCCGAAGAACAUGAGUUUCCCCAUGGUCAGCCCAUUCCAGAUCAUCGGGCCUGGAAAGAACCCGUACCCUGGCACCUUUUGCCUGCCGCAGGUGUCGACUCCCGCCGGGUUUGAGUUCAAGGAAGGUGAUAAUGCGACGAUUCAGCUUGUGGAGUUGGCGAUCCAUGGUGCUGCUUUGUAUUCGUGCGUCGACAUCACCUUCGUUCCCCCCGGGGACCCGCGCGUUGCCCAAGUCAACGAAUCCAACUGCUUCAACAGUACCGACCUCGGCGCCGCCGACCUGUACACCAUCAACAUCCUCGAGUCCGGCCGCGACAGGCUGGCGCUCACCAGUGCCGCUGCCUCGCUCGCCCGGAUGGCGGGCUGGGUUCCUCUUGUCGCUGGUGGGUUGUGGUUGAUGCUAUAAGUUGCCUUCCCCCCCCCCCCUGGGAAAAAAAAAAAAAAAAAAAAAAAAAAAAAAAAAAAAAAAACAUCGGUUCGAUGGAUGUUCAUAUGGGGCAAAAUGAGAAGCGGGUUCGGAUCCAAAUGAUACGAUGACACUCAAGAAAGGGAGAUGAUGAUUACUAAAAACACCGACCAACAACAACUCAAAGAGGUCGGGUGGUUGGGUGACUGAGAUGCGCUGAGAUGAGAUAAUGCGAGGAGAUAACAACCUUGAGGUUGUCUGUGUGGCUAUUAGGCGCCAACGACAACAACGAGAAGCAAGGUAUCGAUUAUUUGGAGGACGGAUCGAUUUGUCCACUAGGCGUUUAUCUGGGAAGCAGGAAAGGAAAGGUGGAUUGGAACCAUUUUUUUGUUACAAGAUUCCCUAGCGCGGGCGACGGCAGGCGCGCGUUUUCAGUUCUUUAUUCUGUCGAUUUGUAUGUACCUCUUUCCUCUUUCAUCCUCUGCUAUUCUCGCGACUAUGAAAUGAACAAAUACUGAACCCGGUUGGUAUGAACUACUGGUGUCUUAGUGAACGUUUCCCGAGUGUACUGUUUGUUGCUUGACGCAAAAGCCUUCCACUUGACCACAAUCACUUGACAAUGACAUUGUUUCUGGGUUUAUGCAUUGACCAUGGUUUUGACAAAACUGAAAUAGGUAGGUACCAUCAUCACAGAUUUCACUCAACUCUUCGUCUCAUCCGCUCACUGCACCGUUUGAUCACAUCAGAUGAUCGG